AUGUUCAGAAGGAGAAAAAAAAGCAUUAUAAUAUGUCGUUAUUGUUCCCAAUCUUUUACACGAAGAAACUGUCAUCAAAAUCAUUUAAUUAAAUAUAAAGAUAUAAUUUAUGAAGAGGAAAACCAACUUGAGAUACUUUUAAGAGAAAAUGCAAUCUCAACAGAUAUUCGGUCUGCAAAAGAGCAAAUACCUCCACUAGCCAUUUUUUAUAAUGAAACCAAUGAAGCUAAUGAAGCUACAGAAACUGAUAAGGCUAAUAAAUCUACCGAAGCCAAUGAAGCUAACGAAGCUAAUGAAAUUACUAUCGAAUAUACUCAACAAGGAUAA